AGACUUGUUUCUGGCUCAUCUGUGAUCACCAGAAAGCUCCCAGACACCAUGGUGCAUUUUACUGCAGAGGAGAAGACUGCUAUUGCUAGCUUGUGGGCCAAAGUGGAUGUGGAGGCAGCCGGAGGCGAGAUCCUGGGAAGGCUCCUAAUUGUCUACCCUUGGACCCAGAGGUUCUUUGACAAUUUUGGCAACUUAUCCUCUGAUUCUGCAAUAAUGGGCAACCCCAGGGUCAAGGCUCAUGGCAGGAAAGUGCUGAUCUCCUUUGGAAAUGCUAUUAAGCACAUGGAUGACCUCAAGGGCACCUUUGCUCAGCUGAGUGAGCUGCACUGUGACAAGCUUCAUGUGGAUCCUGAGAACUUCAGGCUGCUAGGCAACAUGAUACCGAUUGUCUUGGCAAUACACUUCAGCAAUGAAUUUACCCCACAGAUGCAGGCUGCCUGGGAGAAGCUGACCAUGGGUGUGGCUAAUGCUCUGGCCCACAAGUAUCACUGAGUUGCCUGUCCAACU